CGGCCGUCCCGGCGCCUUGGGGACGGGGCUCCGACCACAAAGCCUCCGCAUUCCGACCCGAGGACCAUGGCAGCCCCCAAAGGAGUCGCCAUCGGCAUCGACCUGGGCACCACCUACUCCUGCGUGGGCGUGUUCCAGCACGGCAAGGUGGAGAUCAUCGCCAACGACCAGGGCAACCGCACCACCCCCAGCUACGUGGCCUUCACGGACACCGAGCGUCUCAUCGGGGACGCGGCCAAGAACCAGGUGGCCAUGAACCCCCAGAACACCGUCUUCGACGCCAAGCGGCUGAUCGGCCGCAAGUUCGGGGACCCCGUGGUGCAGUCGGACAUGAAGCACUGGCCCUUCCGGGUGGUGAGCGAGGCGGGGAAGCCCAAGGUGCAGGUGUCGUACAAGGGGGAGGAGAAGGCCUUCUACCCGGAGGAGAUCUCGUCCAUGGUGCUGACCAAGAUGAAGGAGACGGCCGAGGCCUACCUGGGCCACCCGGUGACCAACGCGGUGAUCACGGUGCCGGCCUACUUCAACGACUCCCAGCGGCAGGCCACCAAGGACGCCGGGGUGAUCGCCGGGCUGAACGUGCUGCGCAUCAUCAACGAGCCCACGGCGGCGGCCAUCGCCUACGGGCUGGACCGGGCCGGGAAGGGGGAGCGCAACGUGCUGAUCUUCGACCUGGGCGGGGGCACGUUCGACGUGUCGGUCCUGACCAUCGACGACGGGAUCUUCGAGGUGAAGGCCACGGCCGGGGACACGCACCUGGGCGGGGAGGACUUCGACAGCCGGCUGGUGACCCACUUCGCCGAGGAGUUCCGGCGCAAGCACAAGAAGGACCUGAGCCAGAACAAGCGGGCCGUGCGGCGGCUGCGGACGGCCUGCGAGCGGGCCAAGCGCACGCUGUCGUCCAGCACCCAGGCCAACCUGGAGAUCGACUCCCUGUUCGAGGGCGUGGACUUCUACACGUCCGUCACCCGGGCCCGCUUCGAGGAGCUGUGCUCGGACCUGUUCCGCGGCACGCUGGAGCCCGUGGAGAAGGCCCUGCGGGACGCCAAGAUGGACAAGGCCGCGAUCCACGAGGUGGUGCUGGUCGGGGGCUCCACGCGCAUCCCCAAGGUGCAGAAGCUGCUGCAGGACUUCUUCAACGGGCGCGAGCUGAACAAGAGCAUCAACCCGGACGAGGCGGUGGCCUACGGGGCGGCGGUGCAGGCGGCCAUCCUGAUGGGGGACCGGUCGGAGAAGGUGCAGGACCUGCUGCUGCUGGACGUGGCGCCCCUGUCCCUGGGGCUGGAGACGGCCGGCGGGGUGAUGACGGCCCUGAUCAAGCGCAACUCCACCAUCCCCACCAAGCAGACGCAGAUCUUCACCACCUACUCGGACAACCAGCCGGGCGUCCUCAUCCAGGUGUACGAGGGGGAGCGGGCCAUGACGCGCGACAACAACCUGCUGGGCCGCUUCGACCUGAGCGGCAUCCCCCCGGCCCCGCGCGGGGUGCCCCAGAUCGAGGUCUCCUUCGACGUGGACGCCAACGGCAUCCUGAACGUCACGGCCACCGACAAGAGCACCGGCAAGGCCAACAAGAUCACCAUCACCAACGACAAGGGCCGGCUGAGCAAGGAGGAGGUGGAGCGCAUGGUGCAGGACGCCGAGCGCUACCGGGCCGAGGACGAGGCCCAGCGCGAGAAGGUGGCCGCCAAGAACACCCUGGAGUCGUACGCCUUCAACAUGAAGAGCGCCGUGGAGGGCGAGGACGGGGGCCUGAGGGGCAAGAUCUCCGAGGGCGACCGGCAGAAGGUCCUGGACAAGUGCCGCCAGGUCCUCGCCUGGCUCGACGCCAACCAGCUGGCCGAGAAGGACGAGUACGACCACAAGAGGAAGGAGCUGGAGCAGGUGUGCCACCCCAUCGUCACCCGCCUCUACCAGGGCGAGGGAGCCGGGACCUGCGGGGCCCAGGCUCAGCAGGGCGGCUCCAAAGCCGGCCCCACCAUCGAGGAAGUGGAUUAACCUCCCCCUUCGACCGCCGGCCGGGGAUCCCCGACCCACCUCCGUCGGACUGGUCGUUCUCCCGGGCCGCUGGGGUCGCGGGCCGU